CCUGUUUCUGCGCAGUCUGACCAACAGAAUCAUGACAACAAUAAAAUGGUGUUGUGCCGCCUUGCUUCAAACCUCACAUCUUCGCUAUCACAUGUCGGAAGGUGCUUCGAAUGCCCCCUCUACUCGCGACUCUUCUCCCUAUUCCAACCCAGUCUCGCCAACAAACACUUCACCGAAGACCAUAUUGUCGUGCCUCGCUGGUCCAAAAUAAUUAUCAAGACAACGCAUGUCCGUCUUGUCAUGUCCUGUCUUGCCCCCCUUGCCAUGUUUCGAAAAUCACAACUACCAUAUAUUACCCACAUGUUGCCUUUCCGAGCGAGACUUCUCCCUAUUUCAACCCAACCUCCUCCGACAGACGCAUACAAGUAUAGCUAUGGCGUCGUGCCGUGUCGUGCCGUGUCGUGCCGCUCGCCCGUUCAAAAGCUCGCAAUUUCAGGCUCCAUGGCGGAAGUGCUUCGAAAGCCCCGCUUUACGUCCGGACACUCUUCCCUCUUCUGUGACGGUAUUUCACAGGCGGAAUUAAACAAUGUAAUGGGAAGACGAAAAAAACUCGAACUGGUGGGUUGAUGGGAGAACCGGGAGUCAAAUUCCAACACUCAAGACACCAUGUGAGGGAGACGAAAAGAACUCGAACUGGUGGGUUGAUGGGAGGACUGGGAGUCAAGUUUCAACAAUCCAGACCUUCUUAUGGGAAGACGAAAAGAACUCAAACUGGUGGGUUGAUGGGAGGACUGGGAGUCAAAACUGUACAAGUUAUGCAUGGCAUGAGGGAGGGAUGAGGUGCGUUUGGAG